GACAGUGGCAAUUAAUUUUGAGGUUAUUGUUGUGAAUUUUAUUGUUGUUUUGGUUUGGUGCAAAAUUAAAUUGAAUUCAAGUGAAUACAUAAAUCCAUUUUAUUGCACCAAAUGCUUAGAUUAUACUUCUUCCAUUAAUUAAGGCUUUAUAUUUUAAUGUAAUAAUAAGAAAUGUACUGACAGUUGUUGGGGAAUUAAGACUGAAUAAAAAAUGGCAUUGUAUGAAGGGAUAGCAUUAAUUCAGGAAAAACAAGCUGUUGUUUUGGAUCUCGGAACGGAUUAUACGAAGUUUGGUUUUACGGGCGAGGCGGCGCCGCGCUGCAUCAUCCCCUCACAGUACUGGUGUGCGUCGGAGCGCAGGCACAAGCGAGUGUACGACUACCAGAAUGCGGAGGAGCUGUAUGAUAACUUGGUCCAUAUGCUGCACACUCUCUACUUCAGACAUGUGCUGGUGAACCCCAAGGAGCGCAAGGUGGUGGUGGUGGAGUCGCUGUUCACGCCCACGCUGUUCAGGGAGACCCUCGCCAAAGUGCUGUUCCUGCACUAUGAGGUGUCGGGCGUGAUGUGGGCGGACAGCGCGCGCCUCAGCGCGCUGACGCUGGGUGCGCCCGUCGCUCUAGUCGUGUCUCUGGGCGCGGAGGAGGCCGAGGUGGUUGCCGUGGUGCACGGCUGCCCCGUGCUGCACGGCAUGCAGAGCGCGCCGCUGGGCGCGCGCGCCGUGCACGCCGAGCUCGCCAGGACGCUGGACGCGGACAACCAGCAGAGCUUGGAGCUUCCCGCGCACGUGCUGGAAGAUAUCACGGUGCGCGCCUGUUUCGUGCCGAGCCGCGCGCGCGCGCUCGCCCUGGCGGCGGCGGACAGGGCGGCGCCCGCCGCCAAGGGCACGGUGUACACGCUGGCGGACCGGACCGUGACCGUGAGCGGCGCGGCGCGGGAGCUGUCCGCCGAGCCGCUGUUCGCGAGAGACAACGAGAUGGCUUCACUGCCCGAUAUCAUACUGCAGUGCAUCAUGAAGAGCCCCAUCGACGCGCGGCGCGCGCUGGCGGAAAACAUCCUGGUGUGCGGCGGCGGCGCCUGCCUGCCGGGGCUGCGCGCGCGCCUCGCGCACGAGCUGCGGCAUCUCGUCACCGAGCACCCGUACAGUGAGCGCAUUUGCGUGUCGGAAUUCAAGUUCCACAGCGCGCCCGCGCCGCUCAACGCCGUGGCGUGGGCGGGCGGCGCGCUGGCCGGCGCGGCCGACGGCGGCGCGCGCGCUCUGCCCCGCGACGCGUACCUGCGCGCGCCGCGCCUGCGCGACUGGCCCUGUCUGCUGCACACCACGCCGCCGCACCACCACCACUGGCGAGACGCGAGGGACGCCUAGCGACCUACACUGCACGACACUGGCCCUCUGCCUGCUACAAACGACACUGCCGCACCACCAGCACUGGAGCAGCGAUUUGAACUAUCCGACGUGAAUGGACGCGACGGACACCGCACCUACACUACACGACACGGGCGUGGACGAAACUGUCGCAAUAGCUCAGGCGUAUUAAAAUCCUAACAUAAGCACAAGUUUUACUUUUUGUUUGAAGAGAUAUUAACCAUGUAAGUGAAGAAAACGUGAAAUUCAAAAGAAAAGUUCUUUGGAUUUGUUGUUGUCUUUGUUGCUUAAAAUAUUGCAAACCUAUUUAUUCUAAGAAAUUAAAUUAUUAAUACAAC